UUCAUGUAGAUACCAGCCUGCCGUCCAGCUCUACUGAGGAUGGUCAUUGUCGUGUACCUGCUGCUUUCUCUCUACAUCUGUGCAGGAACUUCAGCACAGAGAAACAUUGGAGCAUCAACACCUCGAGCUUUUGAGCCAUGUGCCUAUACCACACCUGCUGUUACAACACCGGGUUUCGCUCACGACAUUCAGUACGUGACACUGCAGCAUGGGCCCUCACAUUGUUCCGGGCUCCUCAUGCUGCAUUUGUCCUUCCCUCGAAAUGUCUCCGUCUGCUCCCAGGGAUUCUCCAGGUCGGAAGCUGAGGUCGUUUGCAAGGAGCUGCGUUGUGGUUCUGUGCACUCUAUCGUGGAUGGGAAAUUCUUUGCCAAUUUAACUCUCAAGAUGUGGGAUCACGCAGUGAAAUGUCGGAACAAUGAGACCGAGUUGAAGAAAUGCCACAAAGUCGCAGAGACCUGUCAGUCAGUGGGCUCUGUAGGGAUUGUUUGCUCAGAUGGACACCAUGACCUGAGUUUGCAGAGCAAUGCUGACCGUUGCCAUGGAAAUCUGUUGCUGUACUAUAAAAGUUCUUGGCACGGAGUCUACGGUCUUAUUUUGCCAGACGAUGCAGAGGGUAUUUGUAAGAAGCUGGACUGUGGCCAUGCUGUGAAGGUGGAAGAGAACAGUGUCACGACUGUCUCAAAGGUGCUUGUGACAAACUGGACGUGUUUACUUACGAAAAUGAAUAUCAGCCAGUGUGUGACAGAAGAUGGUCUUCCAAGGGUUGGACAUAAACCCAUAAAGCUACAUUGCUCACGCAGCGAGCUGAAGGUGUUCAGGUUGGUGGAUGGGCGCAGCUCCUGCGUCGGAUUGCUGGAGGUUUUCCAUCGGGGUUCCUGGAAGCCGGUGUGCGGGAAUCAGUCCCCUGGAGAAUUCCGGGAGUCGGUGUGCCGGCAGCAGGAGUGCGACAGUGCUGGGCCUGGAUGGAAGGGCCCUGGACCGCGAGGGAAGAACUGGACCCUUUCGACGCAAUGUGUCGAAUGUAUGAACCAAGGGCUGAAAUCACUGGUGGAUCAACAAACACUUUGGGAUUGUAAGGAAAUACGGAAAUCGUUUAAGCAAAUUAACAUCUCGUGCCCAGGUACUGAAGGAUGUGCUUCCAGCAGUGGGAGUUUACGGGAAGUUCAACAGGAUGAGAUGCUCCUUGGCGGCAUGGUCAUGUCCCUACCCCGGACCAGGAGACCUUUAGAACAUCACUUUAGCAGUUUUGCAGAACAGCCAGAGCAGAAGAAAAUGGACCCCGAGCGAUUUAGAAAUUACCAGCUGCCACCACAGAAGGAAGGGGGAGGGUUGUCAGGGGGCGUGACGGCCUGCAUCGUCCUGGUUGUCAUCUUAAUCUUGCUCCUGCUCCUGAGCUACGGCUGGAAGCUGUACAAACGUAAUGGCAAGCAAGUAUUCCGUCGCAAACAGACGCAGCGUCAGUGGAUUGGGCCCACGGGAGCUGUCAGUCAUGCAGUGUCCUUCCAUCGAAACAACAACGCCAACAUGAGACCGGCCUCCUCGCAGAGUGCGAUGAGCAAUGUGUGUACAGGCGCUCCACAGAAAGACACUUUGUCAGCCUACCCAGCUUUAGAACGAAGGGCCAACACCACAUUCAAUCUGCCAGGCCACUCCUCGGACUCUGAUUACGAUUUCUUCGACACGCAUUGUCAGCGUCUGUAGUUGUCCUCCCCGGCCCGUAGGGCAUCUGCGAGCUGGGUGAAAUUUCUGGAUCUUCUGGAGGGGCUUUGCAUUUUCAAACUGAGAGGACCGAGAUGCUGGGAGGUA